AUGGUUCAGUAUGGUCUGGAUUAUACCCGCUGCAGAUGGAUCUUGCCUCUUCUGCUGGGCUUAGCAAUGAUCUUUGGCAUCAUUUCGUUAGCUGGUUCGGGCUGGGUAACCUCACAAACUUCUUCAUUUGUUACUGAAGGCACAUUAUGGAAGUUAUGCUCUUUACAAGGUGGCAGGCAAUGUAUAUCUCUCAUGGAUUUUGCUUGGGGUAGAGGUGCAGCUGCUACCUUCUUAGUUGGAUUUGUACUUGUCUGCAUCUGUUUUGCCUUGUCCAUCAUCGCCUUUGCCAUCCCGACACUUCGCUUCAACUUCAUUAGAGGCAUAGGAGGCUUGUGUUUUGUUGCUGCCGUAUUCUCACUAAUGGGCCUUGUCAUCUAUGCUGUAAUGAUUUCAACACGUGUGGCCUUCCCAGUAAAUACCGUGCAUGUGUUUGAUUGGAGCUAUGGAUUUGGGUGGACCAUGUGUAUCAUGGCAGUAGGUCUUGGAUUCUUCUUUUGUUGUCUCCCCCUCUAUGAAGAUCAUAUUUUGGGAAACGUCAAACCUGAAUUUUAUUAA